GCGCGCCACGGCAGCACGCGGGCGGCUCUGACAGAAAACAAACAAACAAGCAGGUAGUCAGUCUGCAGAUAUUAAUAAACGAGUUGUGGUCAUCGCCACUGAGCACUGAGCACUCGGAGCGAGUGCCUGCAGUGCUUGCAGUGGCCGCGGUGAUGUAGGAGUCCGCGCGACGUGUUUACAAACGAGAACUGAGACGCUCCUGCGGACGCGAUGAGGCAGCUGCCCGCCGACACGGUGCGUCUCCUCUCCAGCUCCCAGAUCGUCACCUGCGUGAGCAACGUGGUUAAGGAGCUGGUGGAAAACUCACUGGAUGCUGGAGCUUCCAGCAUUGAAGUCAAGCUGGAGAAUUUUGGAUUGGACCGCCUUGAAGUGCGGGAUAAUGGAUCUGGAAUCAAAGCGGUCGACGCUCCGGUAAUGGCGCUGAAGCACUACACGUCCAAAAUCUGCUGCCACGAUGACCUGGAGCGCUUAGAGACGUAUGGUUUCCGGGGAGAAGCCCUGGGAUCCAUCUGCGCAGUGGCUGAGGUUACUGUGACGACGAAGACAGUCAGUGACAAAUUCAGCACUCAGUAUACAUUGAACCACACUGGACACAUCACCUCCCAGAAGCCUUCUCAUCUUGGGCAAGGUACCACAGUUUGUGUGCUGAAGCUCUUUAAGAACCUUCCAGUGAGAAGACAACUUUACUCCAACAAUAAGAAGUGUAAGGAGGAGCUGAAAAAAGCACAGGACCUCCUGAUGGCGUAUGGUAUCAUCAAGCCUGAACUCAGGAUCCUGCUGACCCACAACAAGGCAGCAGUGUGGCAGAAAGCCAAGGUGCCAGAUCACCGGACGGCCUUGAUGGCAGUGCUUGGAACAGCCCCCAUGGCCAACAUGGUGCCCCUGCAGCAUCAUCAGGAGGAGCCAGAGGUUACAAUAGAAGGAUAUUUUCCCAAACGAGGAUCAGACUACAGUCUCACAAGCUCAAGUAACUGUGACAGAACAUUUAUUUUUAUUAAUGAUCGACCUGUCCGUCAUAAAGAGAUUCUCAAGGUGCUGAGGCAGCAGUACAGCUCCCAGGUGGAGCGGGACGUCAGCCAGAGCCGUUACCCCAUUCUCAUGAUGAGCAUCACCGUCCCCGCUGCCUCCGUUGACGUCAACGUCACGCCCGACAAGACCCAUGUCAUGCUCCAUAACAAGGACGCCGUUCUGCUGGUGGUAGAGACCAUGCUGGUGUCGCUGUACGGACCUGAGUCCAGAACAGAACCUGCCUUCCACUCAGGAGCGGUUGCAGUGGUACCGGAUCCAUCCAAUUGCGGUUCUGUUCUGGAUGAUGCUGGAACGGGUCUUGACCCCCCAAGGUGCCAUACUGCGUCUCUGAGCCGCAGCUCCUCCAGCAGCCAAGGCGGUGGCGCCGACCCAGACACAGCUUUGGACCCCAGGUCCGAAGAGCAGGGAGACCAUACUGCACAGCCUCUCCAGAGCCGGUCAGCGGACACCAGUUCCUCGUCCAUCUCGGAAGACUGGGUAGUGGACAGCAUCCCACGCAUCCCGGACCUGAACCUGUCCCUGACGGAUGACGACAGCAUCCUGGAUGCUCUCGGGACGGCAGAUUUUGGUCCAGCAGAGGAUGGCGAGAGUCCGGCGAAUGCAGGCCGUACAGGAGGGGUGGACACUCCUGAGAUUUCAGCUGAGAGCUGGAGCAGAGGCCACGGUCUGCUGGACCCUGAUAGUAGAGAGCCCCUCGUGCCCGUGAAGGUUUGCGUUCCAGGUGCAACGGAGACAGAGGGGACAGAGUGUGAGAAGCGUGAAAGGAUGUCCAGUGGAGUGGGUGACAAGGCGUCAAAGCUCACGGCCUAUGACCUGAUCAGCAGCUGCGCCGUGCGCCGGCCUCUGUCCGCAAGCGCCAUCUUCGAACAGGAGGCCCGAGCCGCGGUCCUGCGGGAGAACCCGACGGCCAGCCCACGGGACAUCGCCGCCGCCCUGGAGGAGAGAUGGAAAAACCUGGGGGCGGAAGGCAGGAAGAAGUAUGAAGAGAAGGCUGAGAAAGAGUUAAACCGCUACAAUCUCCAGUCCAAGAAGGUUUCAGAGCGUGUCACUCCUGCUGGGGAAUCGGAGAAGCAACCCAAACUGCCCUUGCUGUCUAGCGGGAGCCUCCUGGCCCAGAAGCGCAAGGCCUCUUUCUCCCAGCAGCAGCUGGACCAGCUCUUCUCCCAGCCCCCAAAGAAGAAGAAAACCCUUCCCAAGAAUCAGUCCACCCUUGUCCCAUUUAGCCUGGAGGCGCUCCGGCGUCGACUCACCACCCGCCCGGUUCCAUGCUCGACCCUGGGAGGCCUGGAGAUCGUGGGACGCCUGUCCUCGCAUGGCGCCUGGCUCGUCCUGCGCUCUCACACACUUAUGCUACUCAACCCGUCCCUUCUGGAGGAGGCUCUGCUCUUUAACCGCCUCCUGGAGACUAACGUCCUCCCGGCUGCGAGCCUCUGCACACCGGUGCAGUUAACAGAGGGGCUCCUCGGAGGGCCGGAGAACACGCGUGUGCUCUGCGACAUGCAGAAGGAGACGGCUGACCUGAGCGGAGCGACCUACUUCUCCGACCCAAGGCUCGUGGCAAAUGGGUUUCGGAUCCGACUGACUCCUGGCUCCCCGUCCACAGAGAGCCAUCUGGAAGUAGUGGGAAUGGCAGACUGCGUGCCGUUCUUCGGUGUUGCAGACCUCAGGGAGAUCUUGACGGCCAUCGUGAAGAGGAACGCAGCGACGGUGAAGGACUGCAGGCCUCUCAAGGUGCACAGCUUCCUCGAGGGGGAGGCAGUACGGCUCGCACGACAGCUGCCCCUGAGGUUGUCAAGGGAGGACGUCAGAGACAUGUUGUCCCGGAAGGAGCGGCAACUCAGUGCAAGAGACGAGACGUGUCUCCACGGGCGUCCUUUCCUGCACCCGCUCGCUGAUGUUCCGGAGACAGAGCAGGAUGCCGUGCGCAUCGCUGCUGCCACCACAUGCUGGAGUACCUGAGCAAGGUGCUCACCAGGGUCACGGGACAACAUUCGGUUCAUUGGGAAGUUGGAAAAGGCUGAACAUUGCUGGACAUCGCUGCCCAGAGUGUCUGCUCUCCUUCACACCACUUGAGCUCUCGGUUACUCUGCCUCGACUGGGAUUUUGACUGAAGGUCUUGCGCAAUUCAAACUGUGUUAAAAUGAACAGAAUAGUAAAAUUUUGGAAAACUUCAAAUUUACUGAAAUAUAUUGUACAUUAUUUAUAUAGAAAAAUAAUUAUUUUUCUUUCCUUUAUUAGUUUUUUGCUCAUGCUCUAAGAUUGACUUUGCAGGCAAAACAUUUUCAAUAGCCUUUUAUUAUCUUUUCUCCAUGAGGAUGUAUUACUCCUGCAUUAACACUAACUUGUCUCAACAGUUCAGUUCUGAAAAAUUACAACGACUUUUCCAUUGCACAUAUUCAAUGCCCUCCUUCAGUCAAAAUCUCGAGCUGGAGCAACACCCAGGCCCAGUGUCCCCUGAGCGACGUCUUGAUGUGCUCCUCUGCAGAACAGAAUUAAUGACAGCACUGCUGCCCCUGAUCCUCUGGUCAAAGGUCACAUUUGUACAUUUGUCUU